CCUUCGCUGCCUCUGGGUCCUGCUGGCUCUGUCUUCUCCCUCCAGCCGCAUCCAGGUCGUCCCCCGUCCUGCCUGUCUCUGGCUUCGGUCUCGCUGCUGUUGCUGCUUCUGUUACAGCUGCCUUCCAUCCCUCACUCGCUGUUGCCGAGUCCCCGGGCACUCUGCAUCGGCAUCCAUUCGCCCGUUUCUGCCGCCUCCCACGGCCCCGGCUUUCCAAACCAGCGUAAUCGCUCCAGGACCCGUCGCUGCUGUGAGCAUUGCGGCUGCCAUCCCGGCACAGCUUACCGUCAUCCCAACACAGCUUCCUGCCACCCGGCCCGACCGAUCCCCUUCGACCAGCAUCGCCGAUUCCUUCUCCCGCUCGGUCCUGCUCAACUCAGCGACCAGCCCCCCCCCGCCUCGGCUUUGAUUCCGCCAUCUUCUUUGCUUCGCCUGCGUCAUGUCCAACUCGCUCUCUUCGUCCCUCGCCGCCGAUUCGUCCUUCAGCUCGCUGCUGGACUCGGAUAUCUUCAGCGGACUGGAUUCCAUCUUGUCGCCUUCGUCGCCCUUGGGUGCCUCCAACAGCAGCUCGUUUGAUCUGCUUUCACCCUCUGGUCUGACCUCCCCCAGCCUCUCGACAUCGACACCGCCAGCCAUCUCCAAAUCCUCGACCACGGCCUCAAAGCCUUCGAUGACCACCGCCGCCUCUGCUCCUCCUGCUGCUCCUGUCCCUGCUCCCGCCCCCAUCCCGCCGGUCAAGAAAAAGGUCCUUGGCUCGUCCUCAAAGCCGCCGUCGUCGUCCUCAAAGGGCGGUAUCCUCUCCCGCGCACUCUCGCCCACUCCUCCUCCCGUCGCCCGAGCCCUCUCCCCCAAUCCCGCGCCUCCCUCGGUCUCUCGAACGGGCUCCAAGGCCAGCAGUAUUCGCCCGCUCCCUCAAAAGUCGGUCGAGCCCUCGCCCAGCAAAACGCCGUCACCCCCGCCACCCGCCAACAAAUCUACCAAGCCCUUGGCUCCGGCCCCCGCGGCCGUCUCCAGGGCUGCGGCUCCUUCCCAGUCCACUGGAUCCUCGGCUCUGGGAUCGUCGUUCAGUCUCGACUUUGAUUUCGACUCGUUUUCGUCCUCCAAGCCCUCCUCGAGUCUGGACCUAUUCGAUGACAAGCGCAACUCGUUCCCGUUGUCAAAGUCGUCGACCCCGUCGGCCGCCUCGCUCAGCUCCUCCAAGAAGGUGUCCUCGGACGACUUCACCCCCUCCAAACUGGGCCAAUUGCUGGGCUCGUCGGGAUCCGCGUCCCCCAAGCCCAAGGCCAUUGCCUUUGCCGACGCCCCGGCGUCCUCUCCAGCCGGUACUCCCAAGCUCGACCUUCUCCUCAGCGACACUGAGGCCGACAGCGACCGCGAGGAGGGUCUGAUUUCCAUGCUCAAGUCGCCGUCCAUGCCCGUCGGCCGCUCCCCGUCCAUGUCCACAAGGUCGCCCUCGCUCACCCCGCGCGAGCUUCGAAAGAAGACCCUCAAGGACAUGCGCAAAUCGCGCGACACCUCUCGCCGCCUGUCAGGCGGCUUUCGUAGCCUCGAGCGACCGGAGCGGCCCACGCCUGUCCCGGUCAAGGAUCCUGCCGCCGCCGACCAGUUCGAGCGUCUGCUGCAGGGCUCCGAGACGGUCAAGAUGACCUCGACGCCCGAGUACCUCAAGAGCAUUGAGGUCAAGAAGAGCAAUCCGAUCAAGCUCGAGGCCAAGCCGCCAACCGUCGGAAAGAGCAUCAGUCGCCGGGCCAGCAACACAGACACACGCAGGGACGGUGCCUCUCGCGGUGGACAGGAGACCUUUUUCGAGUUCCUCAAGAACAGCGGCCCGAACGAGAGCGAAGAGCCGAAAAAGGCCAAACGCCCCUCCGAUGCCGAGAUGUCGCUUGAGGAGUUCCUGCGCCAGUCGGAGCCCCCGCCGACCCCCGAGGAGCCCAAGAAGCCCUCGGCCAGCGACUCGCUCUUUGGCAAGACCAAGUCCAAGUUUACUAUGAUCCAGAUCCCUCACGGCUCUGCCACCGCCCCCACCCCCGUCAUCAAGGGCGUCGGCCGUCCACGCUCGCUUGACUUUGACUAUGAGAUCAUGGAUAUCCCCACUUCGGUUGUCAACAAGACCCAGGCCCAGGCCCAGGCGCCCCCGGCCCCUCCCAGCGUGCCCUCGCAAAAGCCCAAGGUGCCCAGCCCUGCCGCCGCUCAUGCCCGACUUCCAACCCCCCCGGCCACACCCCGGCCCUCCUCCACCGAUCUCAAAUCGACCGCAAAGCCCGACGCCGAGGCCAUCCAGCGCACCAGCACUCCGGCCGAGCCUCCGGUCCCCGUUGUCGUCCCCGAGCCCGUCAUCGCCUUGCCUCCGCCCAAACCCGACAUCACCGUGCCCGAGAAGCUCGCCCUCACUGCUCAAAUCGAACCCCUCAAGGACUCGGCUUCGGUCCUGCGUGUCCAGACUCAUCUCCGGAAGAUUUACCCGCAACUCGGCAAGGUCCUGGACGAGCUCGAGAUCCAGCGCUCCGCAAGCCGCUCGAUCGUCACCACGCUGCCGUUUGACGAGAAGCUGACCCAGACCGACGCUGUCGUCCUGGUCCCGGAGCAGGGAACCACUCACAAGGUUCUCAGCGACGCCGCUUGUCAGACCGUCCAUGAUAUUCUGGUGGUUGAGCUGGUGGACGAUGCCGUUGUCGAUGGCUACGCGGUCGUGGACGGUGUUCCUGUCGAAGCGACCCACGAGCUUAUCCAGGAGUACCACGCCAACAAAUCUGCUGAGCUGGAGACAGCUACCGCCGCUGCCUCUGAGGUCACUGCUGAUGGUGCUGAGGCGCAAGAGCCCGUCCAUCGCUAUGUGGUCCACCACAUUGAUGCUUGCAAGCAGUGCAUUGCGCGAGAAUGGCUCGAGCGCGACAACCUCGCCAAGUCCAUCGUUAACGAGAUUGUGGACGCGGCCGUGUCCCAGGUGGACGUCGAGGCUGCCACCGAGGCCCCUGUCGAGGCUCCUGUCGAAGGCGACACCGAACUCGUUCUCGAAGAUGCCACCAAGACCGCUUCCGAGCUCCCCGUGUCUGAAGCUGUGUCUGGAGAGUCAAAGGACAUUCAGAUCCAGACCCAAACCGAGACCGCUGAGAUCCAAGUUCAAGCCCAAACUGAGACUGCCGAGAUCCAAGUCCAGGCCCAGGCCGAGACUGCCGAGAUCCAAGUUCAAACUGCCCCUGGGUCCACUACUGCCGUCACCGAAAUCUCGACCCAAACCGACAACAAGGCCACUACCGAGACCGCCACCACCGAGGCCAAUGCUGUCGAGACCACUGCCGCCGAGGUCACUGUUACCGAGACUGUGGCCGUUCGAUCUGCGCCCGGUGUCGAUCAGACUGUUCACGACGAGCUGCAGACUCGAUUCCUCGAGCUCGAGAACCAGCUUGCCACCGAGCGCGCCAACUUUGCCCAUCAGCUCGAAUCGAUCAAGAGCCUGCUUGCCAAGGAGCGCCAAAGCUCCCAGCAGCACCAGAAGGAUCAGCUGCUUCUGUCGAGCCACGUUGACCAGUUUUACCGCGUCGUGCAUUCGAUCCUCGUCGACAACGCCGAGAAGCAGCGCCAGGUCGAGGAAAAGUUCAAUUCGUUUGUGGAUCAUGUCCAAUCCAAAAUCUGAGCAUCCUUGCCUCUUGGACUCGGGGCCCUGAGCCAGCCGCCUGGCCCCUCCAUCUCUUCCUCACGUCUUCUGCCCAUCCAUUUGUUUGUCCUCUCUGGUCUUGUCCCUGCGCUCGUCCGUCUUGCACUCUACCUGAAUACACCGGCUUUCCGUUUCUUUUGCCCUCAUGCUACCGUUGCCUUUCUUCCUCCGCCUUGCUCCGUUGCAUCUGUCUUGCUCCUCUGCUGUGUUUGUUCUGCACUCCUCGUCUCGCUCCAUUCUCCUCCUAUCACGCCUCUCCAACCCGCCUCCCGUCUCCCGGGCCUCUGUGCGAGCCAGCAUCGCUGCUGCCGCCUCACUGUGUCUGCGUGACCUCCUCCGUGCGUCUUUGCCAUCAAUAUAGAGAUCUUUUCCUCUCCCAAA